GUAUGAAUGAAACUGUUGGGGAGGGGAUAGCUGCUUUAGGUGCACUAGUCACUUUCGCUUUUUUUUCUCUCUGAAAAGUGGGGUCUUAAAACGUAGAAUGUUAUCUGUUCUUGAAGUGAUAAGUUGACAUAAAUCAAUUGCGUAUUCAGGCAAUGCAAAAUAGGAAACAGCGUACGACCCUUUCCGAAAUUUCUGCUGUUUGGGUAGCAUUUGUACCUUCUAGUAGAAAUGAACGGCCAAUAUACUGAUGGCAGCUGAUGAGAGAGCGGCUCGUAGAGAAGCUAGAAGGCGAAGAAUUUUAGAAAAUUCGGAGAACAGGUUGCAGAGAAUAACAGGAAGAUAUGAGAGCGGGUCAGAUGCAAAAGCGGAGUAUUCAACAACAGGUGAAGAAGCAACGACGUGGAAGAGUAGCAUUCAAAAGGAUGCGAUAAAUGGGCUUGUUAGGCCUGUAAAAAUCCAGCAGAAAACUGAAGAACACUAUGAGAGUGCUGGAAGUAAAUAUGCAGACGAAAUACUAAGAAGAGUGCAAAAUUGCAACAUACCGUACAGCAGAUUAGACAGUCCAAUAGAUGAAACUUCUAAUGAGGCGACAACAGGAGUUAAAGUAGUGGAGCAGCGAACCCACAGGUCACGGUUUUUUGUGUGGAAUCUGCAUUUUGUUUGUACGGCAGUAAUCACAAGAACAUUAUUUGCCUUUGGACUAGGGUACUUAUUUAGUGAGCUUGUGUUUUUACCAUUACUGCUUCUGCUGCUGAGUGAAAUACUGCUGACCAAAACAGUUAAUAGCUCAAGCACUUACGGCAUUUUGGGAGGAGCUCUGAUAUUGAUAGGACUGCCUUCACAUUUAGUGACGACUUGUGCCUAUUGUGCCUCUGUAGCUACCCAUCUGAUUGGUGUUUUUGCCAUCUACCUGGUUUCAUUUACACUCACUGACUGUGUUAUCAACUCAGUGACUUCUGCAGACAGUGGGUAGCAGACAGGUGUAAUCAACAACUUUUGACACAGACUGUGCUGGUAAAAUUACUUGCUAUUGCUAUGUGCUGUUAAUUUGUUUGAGAAAUCCAAUAUAUUUACUGGAGUGCUAUUAUCAUGAACUCUUCUACUGUAAAAUUUUGUAAUAGACCUAUGAGGCCCUUCAAAGCUUUACAUAUUGUUUCACUCCAGAAAAAAAAAAAAAAAACUGGACAAAGAGUACACAUGACACUAAUGGCAUUUAUGCAGAAUAGAAAUCGUAAAUACAACAUGUUACGGCACUAAGUUGUUGCACCUGUUAAAAUACAUAGAACAUCCGUGAUGUUUGUACAAAAAGAAAUAGUCACACACACACACACACACACACACACACACUCACUCACUCACUGUAAGAACACCAAAAUCUUGCUAAGUGCUAUUAACCUGGUCAUUCACUAUACCUCACAGCUCUAGAAUGUCAUUGCUGAGAUAAUGGAGGAUUGGUAAAUGAAGUAAAAGAAGAGAUGUUGAAUAUCAUAUAAAAUUAAAAUUAUUUGAACAUUAGUGCAAUUUCUGUGUAAUAUAAGAAUAAGUGCAGAUUUUGUUGUUUGAGUAUGUGUAUUAUGUGAAUGAAUUCUUUUAAAAAUUUAUGUAUAAGCUUUCCAGAAGGUAAUGAAUUGUCAGUUUUCAGAUUCUGUUAAAUACAUUCUUGAGUAUGGUUCUGAGUAUCAUAAGGUAUUUUUGGCAUCGAAUUAAUAACAGUUUUUUUUUUUGUGGUUUGUUGUUCUUUUUGUGAUUUCUGAAAAUAAGGCUGAAUGUAACUGUGACUGGUUUGUAAACUUAUUAACACCAAAGUAUGUGAUACAGAGUAGUUAAUUUAUAGCCUGCAAAGAAUAUAUUUGAAAAUGGGUAGAGGAAACCCAUUUAUGCUUUACAACGAAGUAGAUUUGUUAAGCUGUUUUCAAGAAGGAAUUCAAUUUUGCCUGAAAUAUGCAGAUUCUGUAGUAAUAUAGUACCUGUUCUCUAGUGAGAACUUCUAAGAUACAUUGUACCUGAGUAUUUGUGUUAGGUACAGUGCUGUUUGCUUUUAUCAUAUUAAAAAUAUUGUGGUCCAGAAUAUUAUUCGUUUAGGUUGCCUUUCUACAAGCAACCAAACAUAAUUUUUCGACAUGUAUUUUUAUAUUUUGAUUGUUAAAUAAUAAUGCAGAAGCUAAUAAAUUUUGGAAUCAUA